AUGGCUACUAGCGAUCCUCUAGCCACUGAUGACAAACAAAUGGCUCGCGUUGCUGUGAAACCUGCCCCAUUUUGCCGUAGUGACCCCAACCUUUGGUUUUUUCAAUUAGAUGCACAAUUCAAGCUCGGGGUUUAUGAGGAGUCUGAAAACACCAAACUAAAGCAGUUAUUACAAGAUUUGCAACUUGGUGAUAUGCGCCCAUCCCAGUUAUUGUCAAAAAUGCAGGAGCUUGCGGGUGACAAUUUUAAGUCCAAUGUUUUACAAUCAUUGUGGCUCAAUCGUCUCCCGAACAAUAUCCAAGCUAUUCUUGCCUCCAGUAACGAGAACCUACCCCAACUGGCCCAAAUGGCAGACAAAAUUCAUGAUGUUCUCCAACCACAAGCAAUCAGUCAAGUUCAGCAUCCCAGUGUUGAUAUUUCAUCUCUUCAACAACAAAUCCAGGAAUUAUCAUUGCAGGUCGCAGCCUUACAGACACGAUCUCAGUAUCAUCCGCGCGGUAGAUCAAAGUCCCGGAACCGAAAUAAUAGGGAAUACCAACGCGCUCAUUCUGGUACUCAAUCAGACAUUUGUUUCUAUCACAGCCGAUUCGGUGAUAAAGCGCGCAAGUGUACACCUCCAUGCAAAUUUCAGAAGACCUCUUUAAACUGA